AUGAGGAAAUGGAGACCUUCGCACGUGUCUGCUGGGGACGAUUGGCUCACGGUGCAUCAGAUUAUCAUCCCGAGAUAUUAUAGGAGCCAGAUACUGAGUUUGGCUCAUGAUUCGCCAAUGGUAGGGCAUCUUGGUAUUAAUAAGACUUGUAAUAGGAUACAAAAAUAUUUUUACUGGCCGGGUAUGAGGAAAGAUGUAGUGCUUUACUGUAAGACGUGUCAUAAGUGUCAGGUGGUCGGAAAACCGAAUCAGAAAAUCACCGCCGCCCCACUGUACCCAAUACCUGCGAUGUCUGAGCCAUUCAGCAAAGUGAUUGUAGACUGUGUAGGUCCUCUCCCGAAGACCAAGGCUGAAUCCCAAGGUGCAGUAGAAAGGUUUCACCAAACUCUUAAGAAUAUGAUCAGAACUUACUGUCAUGACACGGAAAAAGAGUGGGAUGAAGGUAUACCUGUGUUACUAUUUGCAGUCAGAGAGAGCGUUCAGGAGUCUUUAGGAUUUAGUCCUUUUGAACUAGUCUUCGGCCAUGAAGCAAGAGGUCCACUUAAGCUUUUGAGAGAGAAGUGGUUGAGUAGUGAGGGAGACUCAAACAUUUUGAAGUAUGUGAUGGAUUUUCGAUCUAGACUAACAAAAGCUUGUGAACUGGCAAGAGCAAAUUUAAGUGCGGCCCAGACACGCAUGAAGUCGUGGUACGAUAAGAAUACUAGACCUCGAUCUUUCUCCUCUAGGGAUAAAGUGCUGGUCUUCUUACCCGUACCUGGGGCGUCACUAAAAGCACGGUACUACGGUCCUUAUGUCGUAGAGAAAAAGAUAAAUAACCUAAAUUAUGUUAUACAAACCCCAGGGAGACGUAAAAAGACGCGACUGUGUCACAUUAAUCAGAUGAAGCCUUAUUUCGAAGUAAUGAUUUUCCUAUGA